UCACUUAUAAAUCCGGUAGUGAAAAUGUCACCGGUGCCCAGUGAAAUUACUACGGGAAAUAUGUUUGUUUUGCAGAAUUUAAAUGAAGAAGUUGCUAAUACUACUUCAAGUGGAGUACAAAAAGAAUUUCAAAAUAAUAAUAAUACAGAAUUUAAUAAAACUAUUUCGAGUGGAGUACAAAAAGAAUUUCAAAAUAAUAAUAAUACAGAAUUUAAUAAAACUAUUUCGAGUGGAGUACAAAAAGAAUUUCAAAAUAAUAAUAAUACAGAAUUUAAUAAAACUAUUUCGAGUGGAGUACAAAAAGACCCUCUGGUUUUGUAUGAUGACCAUGAUGAGCAUAAUGAUGAUGAUGGUGAUGAUGAUGAUGAUGACCACGAAGUAAUCAUUUACGAUGAGGAUAAUCCAGAGCCAUGCAUCACAAGAUCAUCAAGUUUGAAGCUAAUGUAUCUAAUGCAGAAGGCAUAA